ACCAAACACGUCUUCUUCGUCCAAAAGCCUUCAUCUACUACACUACUCCUUGGUUGACUUUUCUUUCACAUUUCUACUUCCCGGCAACAGCAGAUCUGAAAAUGAAGAUCGACGGCGGUAGACGCGAUCGCGACGAAGACGGGGAUGAACUCGUUCUGAGCCGACCUGCCAAGCGGCAGACAACACUCGUUAGUGAAAUCAUCACCCGUGGUACUACUCUUUUCCAUCCCUCCAACCUCUUCCUGCGCUUCCUCCCCAGAUUCAUUCGCCCCCAUCUGUUCUACCCGCCGUGGCCGCCGUCGUCGCGGGACAUAGUUCCUCCUUCUCCUUCCUCCACUCCUUCUUCUUCGUCGCUUGUUCUGCCUCCGAAGCACGACGUCUUCAUCAGCUUCAGAGGAAGCGACGUUCGCGAUACCUUCCUCAGCCAUCUCUACUCAUAUCUGGAACGCCAUAAGAAAUUCGCCGUCUACAAAGACUAUUCAGAUCUCAAAAGAGGAGAAGAGAUCUCGCCGUCGCUGUUGGAUGCGAUCGAGAGAUCCGCGUGCUACAUCGCGAUUUUCUCUCCCAAUUAUGCCGAUUCACCGUGGUGCUUGGACGAGCUCGUGAGGAUCCUCGACUGCUGUCAACGGUACGGGCGGCGGGUAGUUCCGGUGUUCUACGGGGGCGUGGAUCCUUCUCAUGUCGAAAAUCAAACUGGAAGCUACCGGAAGCUUCCGAAGGGGGAGGCGGAUGGCAAAAUUCGGAGCUGGAGAGCUGCUUUGACUAAGGCAGCCGCCAUUUCGGGCUUCGACUCACGAGUUACCAGACCUGAAUCAAAACUGAUUGAGGAAAUUUGUAGAGCUGUGUUACAAGCUCUAUCCGCUCAAAUGGUACCGGCUUCAUAUUCCAAUGUGGGUUUGGUGGGAAUAGAGAGGAGGAUGAAUGAGAUCGAACAGUGGGUAACUAGUGGGAGUAAAAAUUUGACUAUAGGACUGUGGGGGACCGGUGGCAUCGGGAAGACAACUCUUGCGAAGGCUUUCUAUGAUAGAUUUUCCAGUCAAUUCGAUGUUUUUUAUUUCUGGAGUGACUUCUCAGACCAAUUAAGUGCUUCAUCGCAUUUGCGUGAUGGCUUGCAGAAUGAUUUCUUCUCUAGAUUGUUGGGUGAUGAGAAUGCAGGGAGAAUAUCUCGAGAUUUGAAAGACGAUCGGCUUGGCCGUACGAGGGCUUUGGUUGUCAUCGAUGAUGUGGGCGAUGAUGUUGGAGACAUCAGACACUUGAACAAUUUGUUUAACGGACGAUAUUGUGACUUAUUUGCACCGGGAAGUAUAAUUAUCCUGACAAGCAGGAACAAACAAGUGCUUAAGAACGUGUGUCAUUACGUUUAUGAAGUGUCGGCUCUUGAUAAACAUGAAGCUCUACUGUUAUUCUGCCUCAGUGCAUUCAAAGAGCAUUGUCCUCCAAUCGAGUAUGAGGAGUGGUCCAAGAGAGCUCUCACUUAUGCGGAGGGUAACCCCUUAGCUCUCACUACUUUAGGGUCGCAUUUGUAUGGCAGGGACCAAAACUUUUGGGGUAUCGAGUUGAGAGCCUUGGAGCGUCACCCAAAUCAAAGUCUUGAAAAAGUCUUUCGGAGGAUUUAUGAUGGGCUAGGUCAAAUAGAGAAAAAUGUAUUCCUUGAUAUUGCAUGUCUUUAUGGUCGAUCCCAGGUUUUUGUCAAGGAGUUGGAAAGACUAUUGGAUGGAAACUAUGUUGAACAUGGUGGGAGUGAAAACAUUAUUACUAAAUUUAUUGACAAGUCUAUGUUAACAGCCGUCAAUGUUUUUUAUAAUCGUUCCGUAAAAAUGCAUGGGUUGCUGGUUGAUUUGGGCCGUAGCUUUGUCAAUGAAAAGCUCCGACUUGAAAAACGUUCGUGGCUGUUUGAAGCUCAAGACAUAUAUAGUUUCUUUAAACAAGGCAAGGGAAGUGAAGUCACCAGAGGUAUUCGUUGGGAUAUACCCAGGGGCGGGUCAGGGAAAGAGGCAACAAUACACAUGCAAUCUGAUGCUUUUGUGAAGUUGGAAAAUCUUAGAUACCUUGUGAUACGUCAAUCUGACAGAAAAUUGGUUCUUUCUAAAGACGGUUUGAGAUGCCUACCGAAUUCAUUGGUAAUUCUUAGGUGGGACUCAUUCCCAAUGAGAUGUUUACCAUAUGAAUUUUGUCCGGAGAAUCUUACGACACUGUCUUUGCUUUCAAGCAACGUAGAACGACUUUGGGACGACAUGAAGAAUGUGGAUUUAAGAAAUUUGAAGUUCCUUGAUCUAAGCGAAUCCAAAUACUUGAAGAAGUUGCCUGAUCUCUCUACGGCUAAAAGACUGGAAAAAAUCAUUCUUAGUUCUUGUGUAGGCUUAGUGGAGCUUCCUCUAUCGAUUUUGCAUCUGCCCAAACUAGAAGUCCUCGAUUUAGAAAACUGUACCAGCUUGGAGUUGAAUGCAUUGGGAUAUUACACAGAUGUCAACAAGAACGAUGAUUGGGCUACUGCUGCCAUUUUUCCAAAACUAGAACGAUUGAACCUAAGGGGGACAUCAAUUCAAAACCAGAAGUUGGAGGAGCUGGAGAAGUUAACGGGGUGUGGCGAAAUUUCGGCCAAUGAUCAAGAGCUUGUUCAUUUAUGUGAUCUAAUUUUUCAGUCGAAAGCUCUUGUUGAGAUCGAUUUAUCUGACUGCAUCCGGCUGAAGGAACUUCCAGAAAUCUUGGUGCCCAUGGAAGCUUUAUCACAUCUUCAUCUAUAUGGGUGCACCAAUCUAUCACGACUUCCAGAUAGCAUUUCCAAUCUGGUACAACUGAAACAGCUUAGUCUGUCCUGUACCGCAAUCCAAGAGCUGCCAGCCACCAUUGGAGAUCUCGCAUGCUUGGAAGAACUGUAUCUCCCUUAUUGCACAAGUCUCAAACACCUCUGCGGCACCAUUCACAAGCUAUCCAAAUUGUACCGCCUCGAGUUGUCUGGUUGCAGUCAACUCAGUCACUUACCGGAGCUUCCUUCAUCCUUGACAUGGUUGAACGCAUAUGAUUGCACCGCACUUCAAACCAUGUCAACUAGCGGCUUGAGUAAACAUAACUUCUUGAUGUGUAAAUGGAAUUUUGGAAACUGUGGAAAGCUGGAUUCAGAUGUGUGCAGCAUGCUUUUCAACAAGUUCACUCAAGAUGCCUUGGGUGCGCGUAAGAAAAAGAAUCGUCCAUGGCUCUUACUUCCCAGAGGUUGGAAUAGUCGUGAUGGAUGGAGGCCUUCUGGGCUUAAUUCAGUGGUGACAGCCACACUUGGUCGCCUUUGGCAGUUGAAGGGACUAAUAUAUUGUGCUUCAUUCCAUUACGAACUUGUCCAUCAACCUAUCCUUACUACCUCAUAUGCUGAAUUCAGAGUUCGCUGUCACAAUUUGUCUAGCACUGGCGGGGGGGAUGUCAUAACUGCGAGUUCUUCCGAGCCAGUUCUAGUGUAUUGGAAUAACCUUGAUUCAGAAGAUAAUCGGGGAAGUAACCUAUUAAUAUGGUAUGAUUCUGAGGUUAGCUGGAUAAGGGAGGUUUUAGUACCUCUGGAUUCUUCUUCCGCAGGUCUGGAGAUCACAGUUACAGAUGAUGCCACCAUUAAAUUCGUCUUUCAGGCCAUGGGCAGUUUAUUUGAAGUACCAGUCAUUGUGGAGACUUGUGGGGUAAUACCGGUUUACGACAACAGGGAGAUGAUAAUAGAUGAUGACGACAGUUGAUCUCCAGAGAGCCUCCUCGAGACAAUAUUGUUACAGAUCACAGGGCAGCUGAAUUGAUGAAAGAAAAUUUUUAUGCCGGUAAUGGUAUACGAUUGGUUGUUUUUUUUCUUGUUCUAGUCUUCCUGUGUUGUAAUGAACUCAAUUCUAUCGCGCUUCACCGGAAGUUAUAAGUACUGGUUGAUCGAGCUUACCUUGUUCUCGCUACUGCCAAAACCAGUUGCUUUGGUUCCAACUUCAAAUUUCUCCUUUUAAGUAGUGCAGGUAACACAAAUCAGAA